GGCAUGGACCUGAAGUGUUUGGUGUCAGAGUCUGAAUCAGAAGCAGUGAAACUCACUGCUUGACUGGGUUUCUAAAGCCCAACCCAAUAAAUCUUAUGCUUCUAAUGUCUGAGAGCCCUCUACUGGGGAAGAGCUCCCAAACCCCUCCUCAAACAGCUAUUUCUCUCAGAUCUUCAGAUUUGAAGAAGUGGUUUUACAGUCCAGAGGCUGAGCAGUUGUGACGGAUUCCCAAGAGAACCACCUGCACAUAGAGACUGUGAGCUCUAGAAACAACAUUUCAUUCAAGCAAGGAAGUCUUGCACCAACAGCUGCGAUGAGAGGGCACCACUUAAGUAGUUCAGUCAGCAGAAGUCAGCUGCAGAUGCUUGCUCUGAUCCUUACAGUGAUAUCCACUGGUGUGAUAAGCCAAAGUACAUUUGAGAUAACUUGCUUUUUAAUCAAGCAAAACAGCAAUGUUUCAGGAAAUUGGGAUUCUUCACCUUCUCUCAAGCAGAUGCAAGAUAAUGCUGAAGAUCUCCAGUGUUCCUUGAGUACUCAAAAUGUUGACAAUGUCUAUGAAACAACAAAAGUUAUAGAAGUUGGUGUGCUUGAAAAUGUCAGAUUAAAAGCAAUAUUAAAUAUUUCAGAGGACAUCAUCUGCCAUUGGGUUUUUAAAGAGAUCCAGACCAAGUGUAAUUCCUCUCUGGAUUUGGAGAAGCGGCAUGUCAUUUCAGUGGAGUUCCCAAGGAUCAAAGAAACUCAGGGGGGAAAUCACACACUGUUAAUUACAACUGAAACCAGCAACUUCACUAUAGUAUUUACAUUCUAUAUAAGAAGAAGCCCAAGAAAACCAUAUUUUAUAAAACAUGGCGAUGAAAGUGUGAGGUGCAUAUCAGAAGGACAUCCUACACCAGUUCUUGAAUGGUUCUCUUGCCAGGUUCCUGAUGACAGGUGCAGAUUUGUUUCUGGAGACCUGAAGAUAAUGCAGAAAGCACAACUUCGCUUAAAAGAAGAGUACUUGUUAUUCGAGCCACAUGUAUGGUGCUGUGCAACUAAUAAGCUGGGCAAAGUAUGCACAGAGCUUUAUACAAUAGAUCUUAGUGGAAUAUCUGAAAGCCCUGUGCAGGAACUGUUUCUCAGAGUUGGAGAUCCACUGUUCUUAAGAUGCAGAGCCAAUUACAGCACUUCUCAGUUUGGAAAUAAGUGGCAUUUUGAAAACAAGCAAUUAAAAAAGAAUAUGGUACUUGAAGGAAGACGGAUAGUGAGUUCAUCUUGGGUUAAGACUCUGUAUGCAUUUAUGUCAUCUGUGGAACAGCAUAGUCACGGUCAUUACACCUGUUCUUCUAAGGAAAUUGCUGCCAAGAAAACUGCUGUAGUUAGAAUUUUAGAUAAAGGGUUUAUCAAUAUAACCAAUGGAAAGGAAGAUUUUGAAGUUGGUACAGAGGAAGAUACUUGCCUUGAAGUUAAACUUAAAGCCUACCCACCAAUUAGAUGCAUUUGGAUAUUUUCCCAAAUGUCAUUUCCAUGUCAGCAAACUUACACAGACGCUUAUAGCAUCUCUGCAAGUUUCUGUGACCAUAAACACCAACCAGGGGAAUAUUUGUUCUAUGCAGAGAAUAGUGAUGUGCUUGUAAAGAGGACAUUAAGACUCUAUGUGAAAAGCAAGCCUAAAGUAAAAAUGAGCUCAACACUUAAUCAGUUAUCUUGCAUUGCUGAAAGCAAUCCUGCAUCAUUGUGGAUCUGGAGGGAAUGUUUCAGAAAACAUACCAAUUGCACUGAAAUCACAGGUGGAACUUCAAAUGAAAAACAUAAAGGAAAAAUAUUUGGAUCCUGGAUCUCAAGCAGCACUUUAAAUACAAAGAACUUACAAACUGGACAUUUAAUUGAAUGCUGUGCAAAGAAUUCGGUUGGCUUUUCUUGUGAUACAUAUUUUGUUGAACCAAAAGAUAAUGUUUUGCUGUAUGCAGCAUUUGGAGUCUGUUUUCCAAUUAUCGUUGGGUUGUGCAUAUUAACUUGCCGAAACUAUAAAAAGCAAUUUAGAUAUGAAAGACAACUGCAGAUGAUACAAAUGGUUGGCCCUUCUGACAAUGAAUACAUCUACAUUAAUUUCAGUAAUUUGGAGUAUGAUCUGAAGUGGGAGUUUCCCAGAGAAAAUCUGAAAUUCGGGCAAGUACUAGGCUCUGGUGCCUUUGGGAAAGUCAUGAAUGCUACUGCAUAUGAAAUUAGCGAAGCUGGAGUAUCCAUCCAAGUUGCUGUCAAAAUGCUUAAAGAAAAAUAUGACUCUUUGGAAAAAGAUGCUCUAAUGUCUGAACUCAAAAUGAUGAUUCAUAUUGGAAGUCAUGAAAACAUUGUGAAUCUGCUAGGAGCAUGUACCAAGUCAGGGCCAGUUUACUUAAUUUUUGAAUAUUGUUGCCAUGGGGACCUCCUGAACUACUUACGAAGCAAAAGAGACACCUUUCACAAAACAUGGACUGAAGUCUUCAGCCAGUACAAUUUCAGUUUUUAUCACAAUUUUCGAAGACAGAUCAAUUCAAGAAAUGGAAUUAUACCAACAAAUGGGUCAUCCAUACCAGUUGGCCAAAUCGAUCACUCACAUGCAAAACAAGACUUAGAUGUGACCUCUAAAACAUAUGGAAUUGCCCUGCUUUCAGAGGAAGAUGAAAUAAAAUAUGUGAAUAGGAGACUGGAUGUUGAAGAGGGCCUCAAUGUAUUGACUUUUGAAGAUCUCCUCUGCUUCUCAUAUCAAGUUGCCAAAGGAAUGGAGUUUCUGGAAUCAAAAUCAUGUGUUCACAGAGAUCUUGCAGCCAGGAAUAUACUAGUCACCCAUGGGAAAGUGGCAAAAAUAUGUGACUUCGGACUUGCCAGGGAUAUAGUGAAUGAUUCAAACUAUGUUGUCAGAGGAAAUGCCCGUUUACCUGUCAAAUGGAUGUCCCCUGAAAGUUUAUUUGAAGGAAUAUACACAAUUAAAAGUGAUGUCUGGUCUUACGGAAUCUUACUCUGGGAAAUAUUCUCUCUUGGUGUCAAUCCUUAUCCUGGAAUACAAGUUAAUGAGAAAUUCUACAAGCUUAUUCGAAGUGGAUUUAAGAUGGACCGUCCAUUUUAUGCUACAGAAGAAAUAUACUUAGUACUGUGUUCCUGCUGGGCUUUGGACUCCAGAAAAAGACCAUCCUUUUCGCAGCUGCUUUCCCUUCUGGCAUGCCAGCUGGCUGAGGCAGAAACAGCAGCAUGUCAGACAGAUAAUACUGAUACCUCUAAGCAUGUUUCCAGUUCCAAGUGCAAUCCACAUGGGAGGAGAGAAGCAGAGUCACUGCAGUUCACGAUUCCUCUGUUGGAUGAAGAUACUGCAAGGGAAUAAUAAAGCAGACUUUUUUUUCUUUACAAAAUAAGCCAUAUAAGCUGCAGAAAUCAAAACAAGAUUACUUUGCCUCCCCUAAAAGAUUUGCUGCUACUGCCAUUGAAUUUCUCAAAUCAAUUCUAUCCACCUUUUGUUUCUCAACUGAAAUUUAGCUCAAGUCUCUUUCUUCAGUUUCAUCAAUAAGAUGGAUCAUUUUUAUACAACCCUAAUUUUUAAAGAGUGGUUGGCUCACAUGUUGUUGAAUUUCUUUCAAAAUUGCAUGCAUAACUAAAGUCAAGGUCAACAUUCCAGAUCUCUGUAUUUCAAGCAGAGGCAAAGAGUAAAAAUAUAUACAUAUAUUUGUAACUGAAAUUCCCAAACAUGAAUGUAUUAUAGCCUGAUCUUAACUCACACAGUUCAACUAAUUGCAACUACAUUAUAUCCUAAUCCAAAGGGUUAUGUCAGCUGUAAGAAGGACAGGCAUCCAGGUGUGGAUAUUAAUGGAAACAGUGAACUUGGUAGAUUAUUUGUGAACCUGCCUGCAGGCCACAUGCUUCUUUAAUACUAUUUCAUAGCAAAGUUAAAGAUAAGUAAAAGGUGUUAUCAAGCAAAAAAAACUGGAGCUCUUUAUGUAUUGUUACCGAGACUGGUAAAAUCCAGAAAAACAGUAUUUGGGGAGGAAUGCAAGAAAAUUUCAAGUGAAAUCGAAACAAGGGAACCCAAACUUUUGGGGUCAAAAUAUGUUUAGGAUUUUGAGAGCAAACUGCAGGCACUAUUACAAAAUACAGUAACUGCUAUGGCAGAUGUGGCCGAUCACAAAGCACCUAUUGAAGGCAACCUGGUUAGGAUGCUUCUUACCAUCCUUUCCAAGACCUCCAACGUACUUCUCACCACCUGUUCUUCCUUCUUUAGCCACCCACCCUUUUUAUUUUGUAAGAAUGAUAUGCUGUAAGUCCAUAUCAGGCCCAGAAGCUUAAUUACCAAUUAUAAAAAUGGUGGAGGAUGGUGCUUUGUUUUUGGCAUGCCAGCUGUAAGUCAGGUGGAGCAGAUAGGUUGGUGGAAGAUUUGGGGAACUAAGGUUUAGACCACAGAAAUGCCUUACAACAGAUCUAACUCCUUGGCCACUUUUGUUUGACGAGAAGCAGGGGACAGGUAUUCUCCAAGAGCACCAAGAAAAGCUCUGGGAAUGCUGAACACAGAACAA